UCGUCAUCGCUCACCGCCAUAUUGGAUAAACUACCAGCGGACGGGGAGAGUGGAGGCUGAGGGAAACACUGCUUAUAUGUCGCUACAUUGGUUGUGGUAUAGUUGUCAUUACCAGAGAUAAAAACAAUAAUUGGGAGUCCGUAGCUGUAUGUAUCGGGCAAAUUAAAGUGGUUUUAAAAUCACGGCCGGGUAGUGAGAGGCCGAGGCGAGCUGGGUGGUUUUCGUCGUUGCUGUUGGAACUUGUAGACAUGACUUCCCUGACACAGCGGAGCUCUGGCCUAGUGCAGAGACGGACCGAGGCCUCUCGUACGGCUGCCGCCGACAAGGACAGAGGGUCCGGGGAUGAGGACUUCGAGCCCCGCCGCGGGGAAGAACAAGAGGAGCAAGAGAAGGGAGACUCCAAAGAAACUCGACUCACGUUGAUGGAAGAAGUACUACUCUUGGGAUUGAAGGACCGCGAGGGCUACACGUCGUUCUGGAACGACUGCAUCUCGUCGGGGCUGCGUGGCUGCAUGCUCAUAGAGCUGGCCAUCAGAGGACGACUACAGCUGGAAGCCUGUGGCAUGAGGAGGAAAAGCCUGCUCGCCAGGAAGGUGAUCUGUAAGUCAGAUGCUCCGACAGGGGACGUGCUAUUGGACGAGGCUCUCAAACACGUGAAGGAGACACAGCCCCCAGAGACGGUGCAGAGCUGGAUUGAGCUGCUCAGCGGUGAGACGUGGAACCCUCUGAAGCUACACUACCAGCUGAGGAACGUGAGGGAGCGCCUAGCCAAGAACCUGGUGGAAAAGGGCGUGCUGACCACGGAGAAACAGAACUUCCUCCUCUUCGACAUGACCACUCACCCGCUCACCAACAACAACAUCAAACAACGCCUCGUCAAGAGGGUUCAGGAGGCCGUGUUGGAGAAAUGGGUCAACGACCCGCACCGCAUGGACAAGCGGCUGCUCGCCCUCAUCUUCCUGGCCCACUCGUCUGAUGUCCUGGAGAAUGCAUUUUCCCCCCUGCUGGACGACCAGUAUGACCUGGCCAUGAAGAGAGUACGGCAGCUCUUGGACCUGGAGCCAGAGGGGGAGAGCACGAAGACCAACGCCAAUGAGUUGUUGUGGGCUGUGGUGGCCGCCUUUACCAAGUGACCUGACCUUCCACCUUCAGACAACAGAGGGGGUUGGUUGGUUAAUGACGAUGGUGGUGGGUAUGGUGUGGAGGGAGAGGGAGACGACAGGACAGUUUGGCGUGGGACGGAGAGGGCUAGUCCUGACUUGAGUUCACCUCCGCCUAGACUUUCUGAACAGAAUAGACCGCUCCAGACCUGUCCGACGGUUUUUCUGUUUUCUUUCCUUGUAGAUAACUCUCUCACUCCUUCCUCCAUCGUGGUAUUUUGUGUCUCUGCGAGAUGCCAUUUAAAUCGCUGACUUUUACAACAGAAAAACUCCCCUCUGAUGGAGAAACGUUUUGGAUACCGGACCGACUGAAAUAUGAAGAUUCAAUCAUCUUUCUCUCUUCCUCAGAAAUGUCUUUCUUCAAAGUAUGUUAUGUAUUCUCUCCAGGUAUCUAGCUCUAACUCACUUUGACGUGUAUUAAUCCACUGUUGUUCAGUGAUGUACAUGCAGAUUCCAUGUACGUGAAACAUAGUAACACUAUAUGAAUACUAGAGAAUUAUUCUCCUGACAAGGUUUUUUUUGGGGGGGGGGUUUGAUUUCCUCUCCAACGUGAUGACAUCAUGACGACAUGGUCUGAAGUUUCCUGUUUCGGAUUUUACACUCGUGUUUUAUGAACGAAAAGCUUCUCUCAUGACGGUGUUUUGGGUUCCAGGUAAAUGUGAGAGACCAAGGGAUUCAUCUGAAUUCUACCUUACUACAUAACUAUAUAUAUAUAUAUAUAAUAUAUAUAACUUAGUGUAGUAGUGUACUUUAUAGGGAAUAGUCUCUCUGUUACUUUUCAGAUGAACUAAACUCUUUAGGCCAGUCUUUGGUCUCAAGAGUUCUGCUGAGGUAAAGACAUCUGCAUUCAUAGGUUCGGUUUCGACUGGGAAAUAAGGUAAGGUAAGCUUGUGUCUAUCUAGCUGGGAAUCAUAUUUUGACCAGGCCCCCCUAGUGCGCUAUAGAGGGAACAGGGCCCCCCUAGUGCACUAUAUAGGGAACAGGGUCCCCCUAGUGCGCUAUAGAGGGAACAGGGUCCCCCUAGUGCGCUAUAGAGGGAACAGGGCCCCCCUAGUGCGCUAUAGAGGGAACAUGGUCCCCCUAGUGCGCUAUAUAGGGAACAGGGCCCCCCCUAGUGCGCUAUAGAGGGAACAUGGGCCCCCUAGUGCGCUAUAUAGGGAACAGGGUCCCCCUAGUGCACUAUAGAGGGAACAUGGUCCCCCUAGUGCGCUAUAGAGGGAACAGGGCCCCCCUAGUGCGCUAUAGAGGGAACAGGGCCCCCCUAGUGCGCUAUAGAGGGAACAUGGUCCCCCUAGUGCACUAUAUAGGGAACAGGUUCCCCCUAGUGCACUAUAGAGGGAAGAGGGUGCUAUUUUGGAUGCAGAUAUUUGUCUGUGCCUCAGCCUUUCUUCAGUGUCUACGUUUCUGUCCGUCGGUCUGAACGUGAUUCCGUAACGAAGAAACGUCUCCGAUGAUCCAGUACGGAAUAAAAGGAUCAUCUCUUCUAGAACUUUCACCUGACUAUCACGUGUCUUUAAAGUCAUUCAGUUUUAUUUUUGUAACUUUUCUCAUAAUCAAAUUUGUCAUCGGUUGUGUCUGUUCACUCCAAAAGGUCUGAAAUGAAUAAAAUAAAUCAAAAUUAUGGAUGGGCCCACA